AUGAAAGUCCUCACCCUCAACUUCCUCACUUGCGCCGUCAAGGCUUGCAAGAGCUCGCCCGCUUCUCACCCCCUGCACCCCAAAGACGCCGAGCUGGUGCAGGACGAACUCGAGGUGAACUCGGAUAUGAUAGUCAACGUGCUGCCUCGCCUGGACUGGACAGCUCUGCGAACGACUUCAUCAGAGCUUGGCUUCCCCCCAUUGCCAGACCAGCCACCAACCGCCGAGGAGCUUGAGGCGGAUGACAAGAAACUCAAGGAUUUGCACCAUCUCCUUCUUGAGACUUCAAUUUCCGAAGGCAAAUUGGUCUGCGGGAACUGCGGCCACGAGUAUGCCGUGAAGGAGGGGAUUGCCAAUUUCCUGCUGCCUAGCCACUUGGUGUAG